AUGCCCCAGACAUUGACCCUGAGAAAAGAUAACUUAAAGACUUUAAAUGAUUUUCAAAAAUUGUUGGGGGAUAUUAAUUGGAUAAGGGGGUAUUUAAAAUUGCCAAAUUAUGAAUUAAAACCCUUAUUUGAUACGCUAAAAGGAGAUACAGAUUUAAACUCCCCACGAGACCUGACUGAAAGCACCCGAUUUGGUCUCAAAAGGGUGGAGGAGGCUCUAAGUGCCACCUGUUUAAACAGGAUACAAGAUGGCCAACCCUUUGAUUUAUGCAUUUUUCCCACUGAGACCCAACCAACUGGGGUACUUUGGCAAAAGGGGCCAUUGAUGUGGUUACACUCUCAUUUUUCCCCCGGAAAGGCGCUGGAGUAUUACCCUGAGGCGGUAGCAGAAUUAGCUAUACAAGGAGUUCAACAGAGUUUACAAUUUUUUGGAGUUUAUCCGCAGUCCAUCAUUGUUCCCUACAGUGCGUACCAAGUUCAGAUUUUAUGUGCCACUAUUGAUAAUUGGUCCAUUUUGAGAUGCAUGUUUCCAGGAGAUAUUGAUAAUCAUUUGCCUAAAGACCCCCUACUAAGAUUUGUAAAGGAACAUCCAGUGAUUUUUCCAAAUGUAACUGCCCGAAAGCCUAUUAGAGGGGCUAUAAAUAUAUUUACGGAUGGCUCCAAAACGGGAUGCGGGGUAUACGUUGCAGGUAACCAAGGUCCCGUACAGCAUCAAUUUGUCCCCGGUAACCCACAGAUUGUUGAGUUAAUGAUUGUAAUUGAAGUAUUUAAAGCUUUCCCCUGUCCCUUUAAUUUAAUAUCAGAUUCAGCGUAUGUAAUAAAUCCUUUAAAAAUAUUGGAAGCGGUUGGUACAAUAAAGGCUACCAGUUCUGUUCUAGCUCCCUUUACCCUGCUACAAUCCCUUAUAUGGCAACGCAAGGAACCCUUUUUUCCAAUGCAUAUUCGAGCACAUGCGGGCCUCCCAGGACCACUGACAAAGGGCAAUGCCCUAGCUGAUGCACACACUCGUGCUGAGUGGGCGCUAUACGCUACUUCUGUUGACUUAGCAAAAGAUUUUCAUGCCAGAUUUCAUGUAAACGUCAGGACUUUACAAAGCCGCUUUUCCCUUUCUAGAGCUGAUGCAGGUCAAGUGAUAAAGGAGUGUCCCCGAUGUAUUAUUUACCAUAAACCCCCUACGUUUGGAGUUAACCCACGUGGUUUAAGACCCUUACAAGUAUGGCAGAUGGACGUGACUCAUGUACCUGAAUUUGGCCGUUUAAAAUAUCUACACAUUUCUGUUGACACCUUUUCGGGUGUUGUACUUGCCACCCCCCUUCCAGGGGAAAAGGCUACUGAUGUAAUAUCUCACUGCCUGGAAGUGUGGGCGGCCUGGGGAAUGCCAAAACAGCUAAAAACUGAUAAUGGUCCGGCCUAUACUGGGCAGCGCUUUGUUUCCUUUUGCACUCAAAUGGGUGUUACCCUGGUGCAUGGACUGCCCUAUAACCCUCAAGGACAAGGAAUUGUGGAAAGAGCUCAUCACACUAUCAAGGAAAUGUUACAAAAACAAAAAGGGGGAGCUGGACCCCUGAUGGCUACAGCAAGACAAAGAAUAGCCAUGACACUUUUCACCCUAAAUUUUUUGAAUUUGGAUAACGCUGGUCGCUCAUCGGCGGAUAGGCAUAACUGUUCCACUCCUUCAGCCUUAGGAUCGGCUUUGUGGAAGGAUGUGCUCACGGGCCUCUGGAACGGGCCUGACCCCGUGCUGGUAAGGGCACGAGGAUCUGUUUGUGUUUUUCCCCAGAAUUGCUCGGAUCCAGUGUGGGUGCCCGAACGACUUGUGCGGCGAGUCCAAGAUGAACAGAACCCGGAAGAAACAAAAGAUUGUGUUGCUGAUCAUACAGCUCCUGAUGAUCUAACAGGGACAGGCGGUAGUGAGAUGGGGGAUACUGUCUGCAUUCCUGAGGCCCAUGCCCGUGAGACAUGA